CCCUCCUCUCCCCAACCCUUCUUCCCCGGCUGCCUCAGGAUCUUGGAGGAGAAAGAAGGCGCCAAAAGUGACGAGAAGCUCCCGUGCCGGCUGCGGUCUGGAUCCGGAUGGGGAGAGCGGGGUUUACGCAGCCGCCCAAGCGGGAGGGGAGGAGGCUCCCUCGCCGCUUCUGAAGCCCCUUCCUUUCCCGAGCCAACCCCGUUGCCAUCCCACACCGCGAACCUCCCCAUGGCCAGCGAUUCUUCCCCACCAGCCCCAUGGCCGGCUCAUCAUCCUAACGCCUAAGGAGCUCCUAUCCUCUCCUCUCCCGCUCCCUGCCUCUCUCCUCCGGGGGCUCAUCUUCUUUCCUUCGGUCAGCUCGUCGGACCCGGGUCUGGUGGCCGGAGAAUGGACGAGGAUGGACCGCGAGCAGCCGAGGAGCAGUACCCGGAGGAGGACAGCGCCUCCAAGACCUUCGUCCGCCUUAACGAUCUCUCUGGAGAUGGAGGUCGCUCGGGCCCCGGGGACAAGGAGAAGGACCCGGGCAGCGGGGACUCGGACGGCGAAGCGCUCCCUUACCCGGCCCUCGCGCCGAUCGUCUUCUUCUAUUUGAGCCAGCACAGCCGACCCAGAAGCUGGUGCCUCAGGAUCGUGUGCAACCCCUGGUUUGAAAGAGUCAGCAUGCUGGUAAUUCUCCUGAACUGUGUCACUCUGGGCAUGUUCCACCCUUGUGAAGAUAUGGGCUGUGACUCCCCACGCUGCAAGAUUCUUCAGAGCUUUGAUGAUUUUAUCUUUGCCUUCUUUGCUGUGGAAAUGAUCGUCAAGAUGGUUGCACUAGGGAUUUUCGGAAAGAAAUGUUACCUGGGAGACACAUGGAACCGUCUGGAUUUUUUCAUUGUCCUGGCUGGCAUGCUGGAAUACUCUCUGGACUUGCAGAAUGUCAGUUUCUCAGCUGUUCGGACCGUCAGGGUACUCCGGCCGUUGAGAGCCAUUAACAGAGUUCCUAGUAUGCGCAUCCUGGUCACACUGCUUUUGGACACGCUUCCCAUGUUGGGGAACGUUCUCCUCCUCUGCUUUUUUGUCUUCUUCAUCUUUGGUAUUGUUGGAGUCCAGCUUUGGGCAGGGCUGCUCAGGAACCGCUGCUUCCUGCCAGAAAACUUCAGUUUCCCUUACACAAUCGAGGUGGAACCAUACUACCAGACAGAGAAUGAAGAUGAAAGCCCUUUUAUCUGCUCUCAGCCUCGGGAAAAUGGGAUGCGUUACUGUCGCGACAUCCCAACAAGGAGGGAAGAAGGUCUGCAAUGCACCUUGGACUAUUAUUCCUACAACGACACCACGAACACCUCUUGUGUCAACUGGAACCAGUAUUACACAAACUGCUCUGCAGGGGAGCACAACCCUUUCAAAGGAGCAAUCAAUUUCGAUAACAUUGGAUAUGCAUGGAUUGCAAUAUUUCAGGUCAUCACUCUGGAGGGCUGGGUAGAUAUUAUGUACUUUGUCAUGGAUGCUCAUUCGUUCUACAACUUCAUAUAUUUCAUUCUCCUGAUCAUUGUGGGCUCUUUCUUCAUGAUAAACCUCUGCUUAGUGGUCAUAGCAACUCAGUUCUCGGAGACCAAGCAGCGGGAGAGCCAGCUGAUGAAGGAGCAGCGAAUCCGCUACCUCUCCAAUGCAAGCACUCUGGCCAGCUUCUCAGAGCCAGGGAGCUGCUAUGAUGAACUCCUCAAAUAUCUUGUCUAUGUCCUCCGUAAGGCCAGCAAGCAACUGGUGGAGGUCUACCGAACCACAGGGGUGAGGAUGGGGUUUCUCUCCAGCCCGGGUAGCAGGAGCAGUGCAGAGCGGCAGCCGUGCAAACACCGGCCGCGGAAAAGAUCCUCGGUGCAUCAUCUCAUUCACCACCACCAUCACCACCACCACCACUAUCACCUGGGCAACGGAAGCCUACAGGCACCACGCGCCAGCCCUGAAAUCAGCGACGUCGAAACCAGCUCGCUUCACAAUGGUGCAAAUAGGCUGAUGCUCCCUCCAACAGCCAACCCUCACCCCACUGCCAGCAACGCUGAGUCCGUUCACAGCAUCUACCAUGCAGACUGUCAUUUUGAGCCCAUUCGCUGCAGAUCAUCUCUCCCGCCUCAGCCUGGUCUCAGCUUACCGGGGCCAGAGGUGCUUCCCAGGACUGUGGUUGGCAGCAAGGUCUACCCUACUGUACACCCAAGUAACUCCCAUGAACUGCUGAAAGAAAAAGGUUUAGGAGAGCCCACACUGAACCCUGGGGCCAGCACCCUGAUGAACCUUAAUAUCCCCCCCGGACCGUAUAGUCCAAUGCAGAAGCUACUGGAGACACAGAGCACUGGUGCUUGUCAAAGUUCCUGCAAGAUUUCCAGCCAGUCUGGGAAACCCAACAAUACUUGCAACCCAGAUAGUUGUCCGUACUGCAUGAAGACCUUGGCUAACGAUCCAGAGCUGGUGGACAAUGAAGUGGGAGAUUCUGACAGCGACGGAGUAUAUGAGUUUACUCAGGAUGCUCAUUACAGUGAUCAGAGGGACCCUCAGCGUUGGAAAGCCAGGGGAAGAAACACCUUAAAGUUCCUAGCCUUCUGGAAGGUGGUUUGUGAGACGUUUCGGAAGAUUGUAGAUAGCAAGUACUUUGGUCGUGGGAUCAUGAUAGCUAUCCUGAUCAAUACCCUCAGCAUGGGGAUUGAGUAUCACGAGCAGCCUGAAGAACUCACCAAUGCACUGGAAAUCAGCAAUAUUGUCUUCACUAGUCUCUUUGCCCUAGAAAUGCUUCUGAAACUGCUUGUGUACGGCCCUUUUGGCUACAUCAAAAAUCCAUACAAUAUAUUUGAUGGGAUCAUCGUAGUGAUCAGUGUCUGGGAGAUAGUGGGACAGCAGGGUGGAGGCUUGUCUGUUCUACGGACCUUUCGCCUUAUGAGAGUCCUGAAACUGGUCCGUUUCAUGCCUGCUCUCCAGCGCCAGCUGGUGGUGCUCAUGAAAACAAUGGACAAUGUCGCCACAUUCUGCAUGUUGCUGAUGCUUUUCAUAUUUAUCUUCAGUAUUCUUGGGAUGCAUCUCUUUGGCUGUAAAUUUGCAUCGGAGAGAGAUGGAGACACUCUUCCCGACAGGAAGAACUUUGAUUCCUUGCUCUGGGCCAUCGUUACUGUUUUCCAGAUACUGACUCAGGAAGACUGGAAUAAAGUCCUGUACAACGGCAUGGCUUCUACCUCUUCCUGGGCUGCCCUCUACUUCAUUGCCCUCAUGACAUUCGGAAACUACGUUCUCUUUAACUUGUUGGUUGCCAUCUUGGUGGAAGGUUUUCAAACAGAGGGUGAUGCUACUAAAUCUGAUUCUGAAGCGGAGCUUUUCCCCCGUAGUCUGGAAGAAGACUGUGGGCUUAAGAACUUUUCAAAUCCAGCCUUGAUGGCUCUUUGUGACCACCCAGAGCUAAAGAAGAGCUUAACACCUCCACUCAUCAUCCACACCGCCGCUACACCAAUGCCCAUGCCGAAAAGUGCCAUCUAUGGGGAAGCGGCUCAAGGCUAUGAUUCCCGAAGAGCUAGUAGCAUCUCCAUGGAUCCUAAUACAUACGAUCUCAAAUCUCCGGUGAGCGCCCGGAGUUCCCCACACAGUCCUUGGAGUGCUGGAGGUAGCUGGAACAGCCGCAGGUCAAGCUGGAACAGCAUUGGGCGGGCUCCCAGCUUAAAACGUCGCAACCAAAGUGGAGAGCGCAAGUCACUUUUGUCCGGGGAUGGCAAGCAGAGUUCAGAGGAAGGGGAAAGCUCUGAUGAAGAGCAGUCCAGUCGGACUGGGAGCAUUAAUGGCACUAUACCUCACCGCAUUGAGUCACUGGAAACCAAAGGCUCUUUUGACUUCCAGGAUACCCUUCAGGUGCCUUCUCUAUACCGGACCAGCAGCAUACACAGUAGCCACACCUCCGCAUCAGAGCACCAAGACUGCAAUGGUAAAACAACCUCCAGAGUUCUGAUACAGCAGCUUCAUUUGGAAGAUCCACUUCCUGAAUGUGAUGAUAUGGAUGAUGAAGGCAACUUGAGUAAAAAGGACCGCAUGAAGGCUUGGAUAAGGGCACGCCUCCCCACCUGGUGCAAAGAAAGAGAUUCCUGGUCUAUCUACAUCUUUGCUCCUCAGUCUAAAUUCCGUGUCAUAUGCAAUAAAAUCAUUACUCACAAGAUGUUUGAUCAUGUUGUCUUGGUAAUCAUCUUUCUGAACUGCAUCACCAUUGCAAUGGAACGUCCCAAAAUUGAGCCACACAGUGCUGAACGAAUUUUCCUCACACUCUCCAACUAUAUUUUCACAGCAAUCUUCCUGGCUGAAAUGACCAUCAAGGUGGUGGCAUUAGGCUUGUGCUUUUGUGAGAAGGCAUACUUGAGAAGUAGUUGGAAUGUGCUGGACGGGGUGUUGGUUCUCAUCUCAGUGGCUGAUAUCCUGGUUUCGAUGGUUUCCGAUAGCGGCACAAAAAUCCUUGGAAUGCUAAGAGUCUUGAGGCUACUGCGAACUCUCAGACCGUUAAGGGUCAUUAGCCGAGCACAGGGGCUGAAGUUGGUGGUGGAAACCCUGAUGUCAUCCCUAAAACCCAUUGGAAACAUUGUUGUCAUCUGCUGUGCUUUCUUCAUCAUUUUUGGCAUCUUGGGGGUCCAGUUGUUCAAAGGGAAGUUUUUUGUCUGCCAAGGGGAAGACACGAGGAACAUUACCAACAGGUCGGACUGUGCAGAAGCCAGCUACAAAUGGGUCCGGCACAAGUAUAAUUUUGAUAAUCUCGGCCAGGCCUUAAUGUCUCUGUUUGUUUUGGCCUCCAAAGAUGGGUGGGUGGACAUCAUGUAUGAUGGAUUGGAUGCUGUGGGCGUGGAUCAGCAGCCAGUCAUGAACUAUAACCCUUGGAUGCUCCUCUACUUCAUCUCCUUCCUGCUGAUUGUUGCCUUCUUUGUCCUCAACAUGUUUGUGGGAGUUGUGGUGGAGAAUUUUCAUAAGUGUCGUCAGCAUCAGGAAGAAGAAGAAGCCAAGAGACGAGAAGAGAAGAGACUCAAGCGGCUGGAGAAAAAGAGAAGGAGUAAGGAGAAACAGAUGGCUGAGGCGCAGUGUAAACCCUACUACUCUGAUUACUCUCGCUUCCGACUUCUGAUUCAUCAGAUGUGCACCACCCAUUACCUGGAUUUAUUCAUCACAGGUGUGAUUGGGCUCAAUGUCAUCACCAUGGCUAUGGAGCACUACCAGCAGCCAAAGGUUCUUGAUGAAGCUCUGAAGAUUUGCAAUUACAUCUUCACGGUCAUCUUUGUCAUGGAAUCUGUUUUCAAGCUGAUUGCAUUUGGGUUUCGUCGGUUCUUUCAAGACAGGUGGAACCAAUUAGACCUGGCAAUAGUGCUGUUGUCCAUCAUGGGGAUCACGCUGGAAGAGAUUGAGGUGAAUGCCUCACUGCCUAUCAACCCCACCAUUAUCCGCAUUAUGAGGGUCCUGAGGAUUGCUCGAGUGUUGAAAUUGCUGAAGAUGGCUGUAGGGAUGAGAGCUCUGCUGGACACAGUGAUGCAAGCACUGCCUCAGGUGGGGAAUCUGGGUCUUCUCUUCAUGUUAUUGUUUUUCAUAUUUGCAGCUCUUGGGGUGGAGCUGUUUGGAGACCUUGAAUGUGACGAUACUCAUCCCUGUGAGGGCUUAGGGCGGCAUGCAACUUUUCGCAACUUUGGGAUGGCUUUUCUCACACUCUUCCGUGUAUCCACAGGAGACAACUGGAAUGGGAUAAUGAAGGACACUCUGCGAGACUGUGAUGAGGAAUCCACCUGCUACAACACCGUCAUCUCGCCAAUCUACUUCGUCUCAUUUGUGCUGACAGCCCAGUUUGUCCUGGUGAAUGUGGUGAUUGCUGUACUCAUGAAGCACCUAGAGGAAAGUAACAAGGAAGCGAAAGAGGAAGCAGAACUGGAAUUGGAACUGGAGAUGGAAAUGAAGACAAUCACCCCGGGCCAGCAUCCGCCCUCUGACCCUUUCAUAUGGGCAGGCAGUAAUGCAGGAGAAAGACCUGAGAGCCCCGGAGGAUAUGCCAAUCCCAUGCAAAUCAAGGUGGAUUCUCAACUCUCAUUGGUUCACCCUAUGGAAAGACACUUGUUUGAUACCAUAUCACUGCUGAUCCAGGAAUCUCUAGAAGGAGAGUUGAAGCUGAUGGACAACUUAUCAGGCUCUGUGUGCCAUCAUUAUGCCCUUCCAGCUACUGACAAUUACAACUCUGAGAAACAGAUCCCUCUAGCUGAGAUGGAGGCUCUGUCUCUGACGUCAGAUAUUCUCUCUGAAAAUUCCUGGUCCUUAGCUCUGACGGAUGACUCUUUUCCUGAUGAUAAUAACACACUCUUACUUAAUGCCCUGGAGAGCAAUGCCAAUCUCCCCUCUAAAAAUGACCCCCUGACUCUCUCACCAAGCAAAGAUCUGCUAAGUGUGAGGAAGCCUUCUGUAGGCCGCACCCAUUCUUUGCCAAAUGACAGCUAUAUGUUUCAGGCUCCAGAUACUGGCAUCUACAAUGACCCUUCUGGAGAAAGGAACACAUCACAUCAAAAAUCUCAGUCAGGCUCAACGACGUCAGUGCAAUCUCAGCCUGCAAACAUUGAUGCUCUCCUACAAAUCCCAAGAGAUCUCUUCUACCACCUCAAGCCCCAAUACAAUCCUGACUGGGAAAGCAAAUCCAAAGCCCCUCCACCUGUGCAUUCUCCUUCUGCAGAACGGUUACUUCGCAGACAGAUGGCAAUAAGGAAUGAUUCCUCAGAUACUCAUAGCUCAGAAAGCCGAGAGAACAUCCACGCCGAGGUGAGUGAGCUCUGUGAUCCAAAUUUGUCAGCUCCAUCCACUGAGGAUCUGUCUGUCACUCUGACGCCCUCAGAAGCAAGAGAGUCAGCCAGCUGGGGGCGAUCGAGCGUUCAUACUCAGCAACAUUCCCGCAAUCAGUAUAACAUUUCCAUGCAUGUGCCGGAUUUGUGUGCCUGUACAGACUCCCUUCAAGAACUGCCUGGAGACCCGACGGACCAAGAAGUAUCAGAAAUAAAUAGCUCUUUUACUUCAGGAACUUGUUCAGCCAUGAGUGCCUCUUCAGUGGUUCAACCCGAGACCCCUAAGAGAAACGUAGGCAACAGUGGCAAUGUCACUUUGAAGGACCUGAAGAAGUGCUACAGUGUAGAUACACAGGGUCUUCUUAAAAAACCAUCAUCCUGGUUAGAUGAUCAAAGGAGACACUCUAUAGAGAUUUGCUCCAUGGAAAACAGCCCUCAGCAUCAUUCCACAUCUAGUUCUUCUGGCUUCAUAAGUCAGGUCUUAAGUGAAAUGGAAGGCUUGCAAGGGAUGCGGCAGAAGAAAAAACUGAGUCCCCCGUGUAUAUCAAUAGACCCGCCUGAUGAACAGAGUUUGUUACUGAGGGGGCCACGCAGCGCCACACUGCCUGCCAGUGCAGACGUUUGCUUGCGAAGACGCGCCCCGUCCUGGGAUUCCAAGGAUUCAGUGGAUGCAGGGGACUCGGCCCUUCCAGACAGUAUGUCACUAACUCCAACCCCAAAGAAAGACUUGUUGACUCUUCCUAGUUUUUCUUUUGAUCAAACAGAUGCGGACCCUUGAGUUAGUUUGUUUUCCGUUGUUGGUGCCAAAUGUUUCUUUUCUCCCUCGUGUAAUAAAUUAAACCUUUCCAUUCUAAAAUGGCACUGAUUUUUUUAAAAAAAAAAUCCAAAGAAAGUUUAAAGAGCUAGCUGGUUUUAAGAGUGGUUAAGCUAUAUCACGCUUACUUAAGCAUAAGUUCUGCUUGGGUAAAAGCAAUACAUUGUUCAGAGUCUAUAUGUAUAUUCUAUUUUAUUAAAUUAAUUGAACCUAGUAUUGCAGGAUGUAGUACAUUUUGUGGCUUAAAGACAUUGUUUAUUUUCUUCUGUUUUAUGUAUCUCAGAAUAUUCCUGAGAUUGCGUUGUUGUUUUUUUAAAUGAAUAUUUUAACCUUUGAAAAUACAUAUUUAAUCCUCCCCUAUUUUCUUUUUGUUUUGCAAAGCACAAGAUGUAGCCAUUAGUGCAUUACUGAGAAAAUGUGUCCCAUGGUCAACUAGAAAUGAGAAUAUUUGCAAUUAUAAUGUACUUCACUCACUGACCCCUCAACUAUUUUCUGUAGAAAAUAGCCAUUUGGAUAUUUUUUUUACAACUGUAUUGGCAUUAAAAAAAGAAUAAAAUAA